UUACUGUUUCUUCUACUACCGCGUAAACAGCCCAGAGUUCAUCAUCAUCAUGUAUGGGAGCUGUGCUUGUGGUCUGCUGGUGUUGUCUGUGCUUUUGGGAUGGUCUGAGGCUCAGCGGGCUGCAACAACCAGGCCUGUGUUCAACUGUGGAGGGGACCUGGUAGCAGACUCGGGUUUUAUCGGUAGUGAGGCCUUCCCCAACUUCUACAAACCCAACAGUAAAUGCACCUGGCGUAUUACAGUCCCAGAGGGUAAUUUAGUCACUCUCUCUUUCCGAAUCUUCGACUUGGAGGCUGACUCACAGUGCCGGUAUGACUAUCUGGAUGUGUUCAAUGGUCACUCCCACCUCGUGCAGAAACUGGGGCGCUUCUGUGGAACAUUUCGACCCGGGAAUCUGAUCUCCACCACCAAUACCAUGAUGCUGGAGAUGGUCUCUGACGAGGCUACACAGGGAAGAGGGUUUGUGGCUUACUUCAGUGCCAUCAAACCUUAUGUAGAUGAACAGCAGACCUGCGGAGGGAAGAUCACCAAAGCCCAGGGAGAGAUCAUGACUCCCAACUGGCCCAACGACAAGUACCCCCCAGGAACCAGCUGCUCCUGGCUCAUUACUGUGGAGCGUGGCAUGGUGAUUCAAGUCCAGUUUGAAAAGUUUGCGCUGGAAGCAGACACUUACUGCCGAUUUGACUAUGUGGCUUUCUAUAACGGGGGAGAAAGGGAUGAUUCACGCCUGAUUGGGAAAUACUGUGGGGAACAAGCUCCAGUGCCGAUAGUGACCAGUGGUAAUGUCCUGCUGGUCCAGUUUGUCUCUGACCUCAGCGUGACCUCUGAUGGAUUCUUGGCCCAGUACACCAGCUUCCCUCAAGGAUCAUCAAUACCAUCAAGAGAGUCCCACUACACAAGAACUGUACCUGUAGUCAAACCUGCCACAACCACACAGCCCCCAGUAACUCAAAAGUACGUCCCCCCUCCUCCCCCAGAGUCCACCCCGCCCAAACCUGUGAAGCCCACUAGAGGGCGUGGAUCUGCCCCUGUCACAAGGCCAAAUGGAAGGAAACCAGGAGCCCAGAACCCUCUCUGUGCCAAAGCUUGCAAAAGAGACGGAACAAUCAAGACCAGUUUCUGUUCAAGUGAAUUUGUCAUAACUGGAAAGAUCAGCUCUCUGUCUCCUGGGCCGCGUGGCACUGUCAAUGUGGGAGUGUCCCUCAUUAGGGCCUACAAAUCAGGGCGCCUUAUAAUCACACAAGCUGGAGAGACUAUGUCAGUGAAGCUGGUGUCACAGUGCAGAAAGUGUCCAGUCCUCAGAAGAGGUGCUAAUUACAUCAUUAUGGGUCAAGUGGACGACGACGGGCGUGGUACUCUGGCUCCUGGUGCAUUCACAGCUCCAUAUAAACCCCAGCAUCACAAUCUGUUAAUGAACAUCAACAACCAGCCCUGCUAACCCAGACAGAAUCAGAAACCCAACCCAAGAAUCACAAAAACAUGACCACUAUAAUGUGAAAUAUAAGCACAACAUAAAACAUGACACUGAUUAUCUGUUCUUCACAAAAAAUAUGUGUAAAGGCACCCCCAAACCUUAUAUUUGUAAUUUAUAUAAAUAAAGGUUUUAUCGCUUUUAAA